UAGAGAGAGGGCAGAGGCAACGGCCCUCUUCUGGAGGGGGGGCUUAUUAUAACAAAUAUAUACACACAUGUGUGAACUGUUUGGCCGCACGGUAGCUCAUAUGUGGAUAACAGUUAUUUUAGAAAAGCAUACAGCCGCGGUGUUACAUUUAAAAUGCCUAUUUUACUUUUCCUGUUAGACACGUCCGCCUCUAUGAAUCAGCGCACUUAUUUGGGUACGACGUAUCUGGACGUUGCUAAAGGCGCGGUUGAGGUCUUUAUGAAGCUGCGUGCCCGAGACCCGGCUAGUAGAGGCGACAGGUACAUGCUAGUUACAUUCGAUGAUCCGCCAUACGGAGUGAAGGCGGGCUGGAAGGAGAACCACGCCACCUUCAUGUGUGAGCUGAAGAACCUGCAGGCCUCGGGGCUGACCACGCUGGGCCACGCUCUCCGCACCGCCUUCGACCUGCUCAACCUCAACCGCCUGGUCUCUGGAAUCGACAAUUACGGACAGGGCCGCAACCCGUUCUUCCUGGAGCCGUCCGUGAUCAUCACCAUCACUGAUGGGAACAAGCUCACACACAGCUCGGGGGUGCCGGACGAGCUGCACCUGCCGCUCAACUCGCCCCUGGCCGGCAGCGAGCUGACCAAAGAGCCCUUCCGCUGGGACCAGCGUCUGUUCGCGCUGGUGCUGCGGCUGCCGGGAGCAGCCACGCCGGACACCGAGCAGCUGGGCAGCGUCCCCACCGACGAGUCGGCCAUCACCCAGAUGUGUGAAGUCACCGGAGGACGCUCGUACUGUGUGCGAACGCAGAGGAUGCUGAACCAGUGUCUGGAGUCGCUGGUCCAGAAGGUGCAAAGUGGGGUCGUCAUUAAUUUCGAGAAGACUGGGCCAGACCCGCCUCUCGUCGGCGAAGAGAACCAGGUUGAGUCCAGUCGUUCGGUGUCGUCCUUCAACCCUCAGCCGUGGCACAGCUGCCACAAGCUCAUCUACGUACGACCAAAUCCAAAGACGGGGGUGCCAGUCGGCCACUGGCCCAUUCCAGAGUCCUUCUGGCCGGACCAGAACUCUCCCACCCUGCCCCCUCGCACCGCUCACCCCGUGGCCCGGUUCUCCUGCGUGGACUGCGAGCCCAUGGUGAUCGACAAGCUCCCCUUCGACAAGUACGAGCUGGAGCCGUCCCCGCUCACCCAGUACAUCCUGGAGAGGAAGUCUCCACACAUGUGCUGGCAGGUGUUUGUGAGCAACAGCGGGAAGCAGAACGACCUGGGACAACCGUUCGGCUACCUGAAAGCCAGCACCACCCUGACCUGUGUCAAUCUGUUCGUCAUGCCUUACAACUACCCGGUUCUCCUGCCCCUCCUCGAUGAUUUAUUCAAAGUGCACAAACUGAAAGCAAACCUGAAGUGGCGACAGGCCUUCGAGAUGUACCUGAAGACGAUGCCUCCGUACUACCUCCUGCCUUUAAAAAAGGCCCUGAGGAUGAUGGGAGCUCCCAACCUGAUCGCAGACACCAUGGACUGUGGCCUGAGCUACAGCGUCAUUUCAUACCUGAAGAAGCUCAGCCAGCAGGCUAAAAUCGAGUCUGAUCGUCUCAUUGUGUCGGUGGGGAAAAAGGCUCCUCAAGAAACCGGCAUCAAGGUGAAGAAUCACUCCAGCUCUCUGUCUCUGGCCCACCGGCGGGACUUCAAGCAGCUGCUGCAGGGAAUCACGGGCGAGGGCCCGCUUCGCCUGGCGGACAUCAACUUCAAGGAGUUCGCUGGUUUCCAGAUCGCCCUGCUCAACAAGGACGUCAAACCUCAAGCCUACCGAAACGCGUACGACAUCCCGAGGAGGAACCUCCUGGAUCAGCUCACCCGCAUGCGCUCCAACCUGCUGCGGACGUCGCUGAAGUUAAUCCGAGGACAAGACGAAGACUACCUGCACAGUAUUCCAGUGGCACAGAUGGGAAACUAUCAGGAGUACCUAAAAAUGAUGCCGUCUCCUCUGAGGGAGAUCGACCCCGAUCAGCCGAAGCGGCUGCACACCUUUGGGAAUCCGUUCAAGCAGGAUAAGAAGGGGAUGAUGAUCGACGAGGCGGACGAGUUUGUCGCCGGUCCUCAAAACAAGAAGAGGGGGAUUUCCGGGGACUCCAACUCCGGCGUGACCCUGAAGAGGAGGAGGAGCAUGUCGCCGUUGCUGCGGCGACCGCAGACCCCUCCCGGGAACACCAACCACGUGGCGAUGGGGAAGAGUCCAGCAGGAGUCCCGGGCCAGCAGAACCUCCUCAAGACCGUCCCACAGCACAAAGGACUGGACGGCACCUCGGUGGUGAUGACUGAGAGCAACGGCGACUCCGCUCUGGACGCCGCCGAGAUGUGGCCGGCGGACAUGGACACGGAGACGGGCAGCCCGUCCGCUCUGAGCCUGGAGGAGAAGGCUGCGCCGGGAGCCGCCGCCGCCGCCGCCGCUCAGGGCGAGGACGCCGCCGUGGCGGAGGAGCGGCCGGCGGAGGAUCACCUGGACGAGCAUCCUCCGGAGGACAAACACAACUGCGACCGGCUGAGUCCGCAGAGCCAGGCGGACAGCGCCGAGGCCGAGGCCGCGGAGCAGGAGCCCGUCUUCAUCGCCCCGCUCGACGGCACCCAGGCAGAGCUGCGGACCCGGGUCAUCAAGGAGGUCCGCAAACCCGGACGAAACUACGACGCAAUAGUCGGACUACUGCAGCAGGUGAAGGGAUCCCAGGACGUGCAGCGGUACUUCAUCCAGCACGCCAUCAAAGAGGCCGUCAGGUUUAAGAAGCGGGUUCUGAUCCAGCAGCUGGAGCUCGCCCUCGCCGAGCUGGAGGCCAAACAAGCCGCGUGCUCGCCGCUCCCCAACGACCACGGCAGGUAGUCUGCAGCGUCGCCAGGAACAGGAAGAAGAGGAAACGGGACAGGUCCGCUGAGGAUUAGUAAACAUCAGAAACGACCCUCUUCGUGUUGACAGAUGCCUUAAACUUCCAUAUGGCUUUUGUCUGUAUGGACACACACACGCACACACACUCCACGAGACAGACGAUAAGCUGUCAGAUCGCUGACUGAGAGAGAGAGAGGGGCGAGCGAUCGACUGAUUUCUGCUUUACCCACAGACCUUUGUUCAGCUGGUCUGAAAAGUGUUUGUCCCCCUGCAGCAGUUUUUACCAGCACUCACAUGUUUAGCAUUCGUGAGGAUUUACGGCUGAUCAGAGGCUUCUGGUUCAAUCAGGGAAGGCCUCGACGUUUUUAGUGUUACAUUUUGCAAAAGGAUGCACUCAUAUUUUUAGUUUUUAAUACUUGUCAUUGUUGAUACCGUUAUCUAAUGUUUUCCUAUUUUUAGUAGCCGGAGCUGACAUUCUUUGGCGUUACAGAUGGGCAAGAUGGAUUAAAUCUGUGAGCGGAGAUGCUUAUUUUCAAUUUCAGACACUGUCAAAUGGGAAUGGGUAUUUAUUUGUAAUGUAACCUUUAAAAAUGUAGUAUGGCCCUUUAAAAAAAAAAAAAAAAAUGCCUGUUUUGUGCAUUUCUUGGCAGUGACGACCGAGUUUGGCACAGUUUUCUACAGAUGAAUCUGACAUUGGCAACUUUUCAAUCAGUUUUCUUAACUGACUAUCAUCAUUCAGGUUUCUCUUUGGAAAAACUAAAGACUUUCAUCACUUGUUGACUUGAAAAUGAAGGUCAACAUGAACGUUUUCUCCACUAGAGAGCAGUUAGUCAUGUGUUUCCUCUAUAAUCGACUCCCAGAGUCGAUCACAGGCCCGGAGUUUGUUUCUGUUGAAAAACACAAAAAUAACUUUCUGUAUUGACGGCAGUUCAUUCCUCUUUGAGAAGACAUCAAUACCCGUUAUAUUAUUCAGAUAGUGUUUUUAUCUGAGUGUUUUUUUUCUUCACAUUGGGAUAAUGUUGAUUGACACGACCCCGUUCGAACUUUGUUCUUUGUUUUUUCUUAAGUUUCCAUCUCAUCGAUAGCGGAGCAGCAGGCCCUAGCCGAGCUCUGCACUCUGUAUUUCUGUUACACACUUCGGUGCUUGAGGAUAAACGGCACAAUAGAAUCUCACAGUAAACGCUUCCAUAUUGCCCAGCUCUAAUCGUCAUUGUGUUAGUCAG